AUGAGUCUUACUUCAGCCAUCAAGGCAAACAUCCAGGGAGAUGUUUGGCCUGGUCUCCCUAAAAGGUUUCAAAGCUUCCUCUUUUUUCGCGUUCGAGACCAAGUUGAUUUCAAGAACCGAUUGAAGACAUUUAUUCCCAAGAUUACAACGGGCCAAGAGGCCUGUGAAAUGAGCGAGACCAUUAAGCAGGCAAGGAAGGAUGCCCAACUAGCGAAGAGAUCGGCUAAGCUUCAAGCUUUACCGGGAAUCAACAUUGCUUUUACCUCUACCGGUCUUGAAGCCCUGGGAGCAUUUGUGAAUACCAAUGAUCAGAUCCUUGUCAAAAAGGACAGACAGCUGUCUACAGUUUUCCGGAAGCAACAGCUCCGCGGUGGACUGUUCGAAAAGGGCAUGUAUGCGGAUCUUGUGGGCGAGGGAUGGGACAAUCCUCAGGAGCUUCGAAAGGAAUACCAACCCACCAGUAACAAUGAGAGACUCAUUGAUGGUGUGAUUAUGGUCACCUCGAGCCUGAAGUCUGUCUUGGAUGCCAAGGUGAGCGAGGUGAAGCAGCAUUUCCUAGCUGAGGAGGGAGAACCUCUCAACCCAGACACCUAUAGGCUCAGCCAGAACCCUUCUAUAGAGUUGACCCUGGUCAGAGAAGGAAAGGUUCGCCCGGGUGCUAUGAAAGGAAAAGAGCACUUUGGAUUCAAGGACGGAAUCAGUCAGCCUAUCAUUGAGGGCUGGGAUGAUAAACAACCCCAGGGCAAGGAGCCCAAAGCCACCAAGUCAGGAUUGAUUGUUUGUGGGCAUGAGGGUGACCCCAUGGGCCAACCAGCAUGGGCAAAAGAUGGCAGUUUCUUGGUAUUCCGUGAUCUUCAGCAGCUUGUUCCUGAAUUCGACGAGUUCAUGGAGGAAAAUGCCCGCCACGCCCCUUUUACUCAAGACCACCCCAAGCCAGCUGAAAAGCUUGCUGCAUACUUGAUGGGAAGAUGGAAGAACGGAACCCCUGUGGAUGAGUCCCCUCAUGAUGACUCUGACGAAAGCCUCUUCUCCUCAAACAACUUCGAUUACCACCCUGUCACGGAGCAUUUGAAGUGCCCCUUUGCGGCACACACCCGCAAAAUGAGACCACGAGCUGACCUAGAGCAUGACCAUGCUGUUAUUGUCCGUCGUGGCAUUCCGUAUGGCGAGGAAGUCUCAGCCGAAGAAAUGACGGAGCGAAAGUCCGCCGAGGAUAAGGAGCGUGGUCUUCUGUUCGUCUGCUACCAGAGUGACAUCCGAAAUGGAUUUAACUUCUUGACUACCCGCUGGGCAAGCAACCACCACUUCCCCGAUCGCAAGACCAACUUCGUUGGUGGUGAAGGUCCGGGUAUUGAUGCAUUUGUGGGCCAGAGACUGGACCACCACCCGCCUCGCUCUAUCGGUCUUCCUGAUGGCAAAUUCCCCACUGAGGCUCGCAUGCCGCUAGAAAGCUGGGUUGUUCAAAAGGGUGGUGAAUACUUCUUCGUGCCUUCUAUCUCAACAUUGAAGAACGAACUCACGGGUCCUAAACCUAUAUUUGACCAGAAGAAACUGGAGGAACUCCGUGAAGAGUCCGAGUAA